UUUAGAGUCUUGAUGCUAUCUACAGUUUGAAGUCUCCUUCCGCGAGACCACUAUAACCAUCCAGGAGGAGACUCUGCCCCUCCCCCUUCUUGGAGCGUGACCCACCCUCCCUUCUCGAUUGAGCCUUGUGGAUACUGGUCCGUUGGUGCGAAACGAUGGAAGAAAACUCUAAUAAACUGGUGCCCAAACAGGAAAACAGUCGCCGCAGCUUGGAUAGAUCCAGCCCGUACGGAGAUGUUCGUCAACUAUGGAGCACGGCCACGCUGUCCACAACGAACGCGUCGGUAUCCGGCGUCUGCGAGGACUUCGACGAAGAGGGCAAAUCUGUAAGCAAGCUUCGCAAGCACAGCCAGGCCAUUUCUAUUACGGAAGCCCUGAACCUCGAGCCAGAGGAGAUCCAGCAGCAAGCACGUCUAGAGCUUGAACAGUACCAUAGCAGAUCCUUGGAGCGUGAGAUCGAAGAGAAUUUCUUAGCAACAUCUUCAGAAUCAGAAGUCAGUCUAUCAAAGCCGCAUCGAGCCUACUGGAUAGAGCAGCAGAACAGGCUGCCCCUGCCUCUGAUGGAUAUCAUGGAGACGGAAGUUCUGGACAUCCUCAAGAAAGCCCUCAGUAGUGAGCAUGCCCUACCCCAGCUUCCACAAAAGAUCUUGGUGGCUUUGGCAGGGCUUGGGGCUGUGGAGUUUCAGGAUAUAUAUGUUUUGUCAGAUCCCCUCAGCACUCACAAAUACUCCAAGGACACCCUAAAAAUUAAAAGUCAAGAGACUAGGCGCAGGCAGAUUCAAUGGAGUGAGUGACUCAGAGGACUUAAAAUAAGCUCCUUUCUAGCAAGUCUGUUCUUUCCGCUUGUCCAAUGGAGUGACCGCCUUUGUGUAGCUUUGCUCCACUCCCAGGCGGGGGAGCUGUGACACAUCUGGAUUAUUUGGGCAAAUGUACCGGCUAUUGGAUUAUCUGGAUAACCUUCUGUUCAUGAUAUAUAUGAGCAUAUAGCAGGAAGAAAGGGCCAGAUAACUAGUUCCGAGUAAGUGGCCCAAGAGGGAACUGGCUCUUACUGCACCUGUCUAGGCUCGCAGCAACUUUUUCAGCCUUUUCCCCCUCCAUUCUUCACAUCACACCUAGGAGAUGCAAAAUCCCCCAAACUACCACAAGAUCCAAAUCUAGCACUAACUGCCACAUCACAUCAGCUGUGGUUCCUCAAAUGGGAGGAACCCUCUGCCCUUGCUCAUGGCCCUACGCUCAGCUCUGCCCUCUUCCUAGCAUAUAGGUCCACGAUUGGCAGGAGCCACUUCAUGACUAAAGAGCUGCAGGGAUACAUCGAAGGGAUGAAGAAGCGCCGGAACAAGAGGCUGUACUGUUUGUCUCAGUGAACCUCCAGCUCAAGUGGCCGACGAGACGUCCUCCCCAUGUCCUUUCCGUCCCUCGAACCCAAGCUCGAACCCAAGCUCGAACCCAUCUGCAUGAAAUUUGAAUCAUAGAGAAAUUAAAGAGUCUAUGCAUGG